AUGUCUGCCUACAAGAAUCAAGCAGCGGCCUACUGCGAUGCACCCAGAAAGUCAUCCGCCGCCAGCCAACUGACUCCUGCGCUUCUGGAAGGUCUUGUGGCUCACGCGCCCCUCAUCGUCGUCCUCGUCGUCUCAACCCUCAUCAUCAUCCAGCUCACGCUAUCCGUCACGACUCCGCGCCUCCCGCUCACGGUUCGCACCGCCAUGGCGACGCGGGCGAAGACGGUGCCGGCGAAGCCGCAACCAUGGCUGGAAAGCGCACGCCACCAGCCAAUGGGACGCCGCGAGGUGGAUGGCCAGGGAAACCCGACGGAGCCCGAGGUGGAGGCGCGGAACGACAUCAUGAAGCCUGGCCGCCCAUCCAUGCCGGGAGAAUUCCCGCUCAUGUUCGAUUCAGAGUAG